AUGGCGGCGGUGCGGGCGGCCCUGCUCGCCCCGCUGCUGGCGCUCGGCCGGGCCGGCUCGGGGCCCGCGACCCCCGCGCGGGUCGAGGUGGCCGUGUCGGGGCCCGGGGCGGAGGGGCCGGCCGGGGCCGGGGCCGGCAGCGGGGCCGCGGGGCCCGGCGGCUCGUACACUCUGCGCGGGGCCGUGCUGGGAGCGGGGGGCGGCCGGGCCGGGCCGGGCCGGGGGGGCCCGCGGGGGGAGCGGGAGGAGAUGGAGAUCCAAGGCCGCCUGGUGCUGGUGGGUGACGUGGAGCCGGAGCUGGGUGCUGCUGACAGCUGGAUCGGGGUGGUGCCCGUGGGCACGGAGGAGCCGGCCGAGGGCCCCCGGGGUGCCAAGGAGGAGUCCUUCACCACCGCCGUUGUCACCAAGAUGAAGCGGGCCCUGGUGCUGGGGGCCUCUGCCCUGCUCAUCCUGGCGCUGAACCAGAACACCAUCCGUGAGCUGGACGUGUCCCAGCUGCUCGCCAAGCCCGUCAUCGUCAUCCAGUCCUCGGACAACGUCACCAGGCUGCUGGGAGCGCUGCUGCGUGGGCUCCGGGCUACGGCAAAGAUCACGUACCAGGCAGUGCUGCUAGAGAACCUGGGAGUGACCCUCACGCUGUGGUCAACCUGUGGCCUGUCCCGAGGGGGCCUCUACGGGGAGUGGCAGGGGGUCAUCUGUCCCGGGGAGAGCAGCUCGCAGGUGCAGAAGUACCUGCAGCAGCUGUGGAACACCAUCCUGCUGAUCGCCCUGCUGCUCUGCACCGGCGUCAUGGUGCAGGCGCAGCGCCAGUCGCGGCAGGACCUGUCGGAGCGGGAUGCCGAGCUGGACCUGAAGCGGCACAUCCGGCAGCGGCUGUUGGCGCUGAAAACCCGGCGGUACCAUCCCGGGAAACCGCCCCGGAGCCGGGCCUGCGAGAUCGACAGCUGUGCUGUCUGCCUGGACCAGUUCCACAAGAGCCAGUGGCUGCGGGUGCUGCCCUGCUCCCAUGAGUUCCACCGGGACUGUGUGGAUCCCUGGCUCCUGCUGCAGCAGACCUGCCCUCUCUGCAAGCGCAACAUCCUGGGGAACUGCUGCACAGACAGCUAGCUGGCCUGAGGACACACUCCAGGGACAGAGCACGGCCGCUCCAGGGACAGGGAGGGGGGCAGGGGGUGCCUGGUGAGUGGCGCUUGCUGCCGGAGCAGGGUUGGUGUGGCUGUGCCCGGCACAGUGCCCAGACUUUGGAGAGGGAAGGGCUCGGGGCUCUCCUGCUGGGUGUGAGUAGAGGGGUGGGGGUCCAGAUGGGCAGUGUUGGGGAGGGAAGAUUUGGGGCACCCGUGGGUGUAUUGGGGUGGGAGCUAGGGCAGGGAGAGACCUAUUCCUGCUGUGCUCUUGCCCUGCUCACAGCAAUUUUUUUAAGUCUUGGGUUUUUUGUCUAUUUGCUGGUGGCUGUGGCAGGGUAGGCAGAGCCUGGCUGCAGUGCCAGCCCCUCUGGGAGGUGGGUGACAGACCUGCCAGGGCUGUGGGGAGACUCACAGCCUCAGUGUGGGAGGGCAGGGGUCAGACACUUUAUUUAUAAUAACUUAUUAGAAAGGAUGGCACGAGUCAGCUGCAGAGCCAACACAGGGCUUGGCUCACCCAGCACAGUCACUGGGGACCUGCUGUGAGCCCUGCCUGGGUCCUGCCCCACGGGCUGCAACAUGGCACGUAUCCGUCCCUAUUAAACAUGGAGCAAGGCUGGCUGUGUGGUUUGUGUGGGGCUUGCAUGGCGCUCAAAGUGCUGGGGAGGCAGCUCAGAGGUCAGGGCCAGCCUGCACCAGUGACUCCCAGCCCCUCUGGGUGUUCGUGGAAGGGGGAAAUGACUUUCCCAGGUUGUGGCUGUGCUGGUGGGCUAAGGGUGGCUCAGACUCCUCUCAUCCCAGGCCAGCUCUGCUUUCCUCUUCCAAGUGUGGCCACAUCCCAGUCCCCUCUUGGGAAUGAUUCCUGGCAGGAGUUAGUACAUGCUGUGUCCUGCCCAGGGCUCUUUUGGGGACUGCAGCAGUGGCACAGCCAUGGGUGACUGAGCUCCAGUGCCCAGGAACGUCCCUGGAGCAGCUCCCCAAGGAACCAGGCGGAGCCCGGGUUUCCCAAGGGAAUGCACCUUCCUAAUGCACAAAGAACUGGUAAUGAGGUCCCCUGGGCAGGGCAGGUGGCUGCUGGUAUAACACAAUUUCUCUGUUGGGAA